AUGAUAAUGUCAUUAAUUGGGGGUCUGAUUAUAGAUACUUUUGGGGUAAGACGUUCUUAUGUCUUUUUUGGAUCAAUUGUGAUUAUUGGCUAACGUAUUAAUAAUAGAAAAUUAUAUAAUAAGUUUUAUGUUUUGUGUCUGUAAUUUAUAAGCAUUUUAUUUGGAUGGUGAGUGGUAGAUUUAUUUUUGGAUCAUUUGAAUCAAGUGGUUUUGUAGCUGAGAGUUAUUAUAUCAAUAAAUGGUUUUAAGGUAAAGAAAAUUCCCUUGCAUUUGGGUAUAUAAAUUAAUUAAAUACAGGAUUGAUACUGCUAUCUGUAGAUUAGGAUCAAUUGGAGCUGCUAUUAUCUAUCCUUAUCUUUAUCAAUCUUCAAAUCUCAAUGCUUAUUGAUUUAUCUCCUUAUAGCAAUUAUAAGUUUUCUAAUAAUCAUAAUUCUCACCUAAAUUGAUAGAUGUAGUGAUAUAAGAGAUAAAACCACAGACUAAAAAUUGGAUAGUGUAGAUCUUAGAUAAAUUAGAAAUUUUAGCUUAGAAUUUUAUAUAACUUUAAUCACAUGUGUGACCUGCUAUUCUGUUUUCUUAAUCUUCAGUUAUAACAGUGUCGAAAUGUUUAAAUAAAUGUAAUUCUAAUCUAAUAUUUAGUUAUAAAUUGAAUUAAAACGUUGCAAAUACAAUAUUUAGUAUUUCUUACUAUCUUUCUGCAAUUUUGAGUCCCAUCAUAGGUCAUUAUGUAGAUAAAAAA